AUAUCAGUAUAGCACUAUUUAUUUACCAACAUUGUUCCAUAAUAAUAUUUAUAAUACCACGAGGAUAGUUAUAUUGCCUUCACCAAAACAUCAUGACUCUAUCAUCAGCGACACAACCCCAUAGCAAGAAACGAUUAAGCUAUUAUUACGAUAAUGAUGUUGGUAACUAUUAUUAUGGACAGGGCCACCCUAUGAAACCUCAUAGGAUACGUAUGGCACAUAAUUUAAUUUUGAAUUAUGGAUUAUAUAGAAAAAUGGAAAUUUAUAGGCCACACAAAGCUUCUAUGGAAGAAAUUACUAGAUAUCAUAGUGAUGAUUAUGUCAAAUUUUUAAGAGGAAUAAGACCAGACAACAUUAAUGAGUUUUCCAAGCAAAUGCAAAGAUUUAAUGUAGGUGAAGAUUGUCCUGUUUUUGAUGGCUUAUAUGAAUUCUGUCAAAUUUCUACUGGUGGAACCAUAGCUGCUGCUGUUAAACUAAAUAAAAAGUUAUCCGACAUUGCUAUAAAUUGGUCAGGUGGUUUACAUCAUGCCAAAAAGUCUGAAGCCUCUGGUUUUUGCUACACAAAUGAUAUAGUUUUAGGCAUUCUUGAAUUGCUCAAAUACCACCAACGGGUACUGUACGUAGACAUCGAUAUUCAUCAUGGGGAUGGAGUUGAGGAGGCCUUCUACACUACAGAUCGCGUCAUGACGGCUUCGUUCCACAAGUAUGGCGAAUACUUUCCUGGCACGGGAGACCUUCGCGAUGUAGGUGCUGGCCGUGGCAAACACUACGCCCUUAAUUUUCCCCUUAGGGAUGGCAUUGACGACCGUUAUUAUCACACCGUCUUUCAGCCGGUGAUAACUAAAGUUGUAGAAAUGUAUCAGCCAGGAGCCAUAGUGUUACAGUGUGGCGCGGAUUCACUAACCGGAGAUCGUUUGGGUUGUUUUAACCUUACUCUUCAUGGUCACGGAAAAUGUGUGGAAUUUAUGAAGCGAUUCAAUUUGCCAUUGCUGAUGCUUGGAGGAGGUGGAUACACUAUCAGAAACGUGGCUAGAUGCUGGACCUACGAAACAUCUAUCGCUUGUGAUACUGACAUAUCUAAUGAUUUGCCAUACAACGAUUACUUCGAAUAUUUCGGGCCCGAUUUUAAGCUACACAUCAGUCCUUCCAACAUGACCAAUCAAAACACGAUGGAAUAUUUGGAUAGGAUCAAGGUUAAGCUAUUCGAAAAUUUGCGAAUGUUACCCCACGCACCCGGAGUCCAAAUCCAAACUAUACCCGAGGAUGGUGUUGAUAUUACCGACGGAGUUGAAGAAGAAGAAAAGAAUAAUCCUGAUGAACCUAGAAUAUCUAUAUUCUCUAGCGACAAGCGGGUGGCCAAAGACGAAGAAUUCUACGAUAGCGAGGAUGAAACCAAUGAAGUACACAAGGAAAACAAGAUUUCCUCUAACAAAAGGAAAUUGUCUCAAUCUUAUAAACACGAAAACAUUAUAUCUGCUAACAACAAUACAAAUGGUAAUGCCUCAACAACUGCUAGCAAAUUAAAAGUUGAAAUCAACGAGAGUGAUUUUGACACAGGAAAUACAAGUCUGGAUAAUUUGCCCAAAAAAAAUAAAUCAGUUUCACCGACUUCAGAAACGUCCAAAAAAGCCAAAGCCGAAAAAACAUCCGAAAUUUUUAGCCACAAAGAGGAUUCAACCAAUGUUGAAAUACACCACGAGGAAAUUAGAAAGGUAGUGGAAAACAAAGGAGAAGACUCACAACAAAAGACCGAUGUAUUAUCUAUAAAUGUCAAAGUUGAAAAUGUUGUUAAGGAAGAAAAUUCGAUGGCGGAAGAGGAUGCAAAUAAAUCUGAUUUCGCAGAAAUAAAUGGAUGAAGAAAAAUGAAGAAUCCCUUAACAUUUAAAACUUUUAAGUAUUUAAAAUGAUUAUACUUUCUUAUAUAUGACUACAUUUUUUUUAACUUGUGAUAACUAAAUUUGGACUCAUUCACAUUAUUAUUUGUAAAUAAUAGAAUAUGUAUUAUAAUUAAUAUAAUUACUUUUUUAUAAUAUAAAUUGUUAAAUAAGUAGUGU